AUGGCAUCACUACCCAUGAGCAUCACACUCGAAGAACACUUCCUCUCCGAUGUGGCUCGGUCAUCAGAGGCAGCCAAAGAUGAUCCCAUGAACGCAUUUCCUUCUACUAUGAUCGACAAACUCGUUGAUCUCAAAGAUGAGCGAAUAAAAAACAUGGAUGAUAACGGUGUGGCAAUACAGGUGCUGUCACAUACGCCCGCCGACUUCCUCACGACUGACGCUGUGAAAGCCGUCAACGAUGAGUUGGCUGCAGCUGUACAAGCCAGUAACAAACGCUUGGCUGGCUUCGCUACCCUGCCAAUGGAUAACCCCACUGCAGCGUCACAAGAGCUUGAAAGAUGCAUCCGAGAGCUCGGAUUCGUGGGCGCACUGAUCGAUAAUCACCACAACGGCAAUUUCUACGACAGCGAUGAGUACGACGUCUUCUGGGCCAACGCAGCAGAGCUGAACGUGCCAAUCUACAUACAUCCCACGUGGCCAAGCGAAACGGCAAAGGACGCUUUAUACAGCGGCGGCAACCUAGAGACAGAUCACAAAUCGGCACUUGCGAUUGGUGCCUUUGCAUUUGGAUGGCAUGCGAGCACAGCCACUACAAUUCUACGACUCAUGGCCAACAAAACCUUCGACCGAUAUCCUACUUUGAAGGUCAUCAUAGGACACUCCGGAGAGCUUCUCCCAUACAUGUUCGACCGCAUAAACAAGGCCACUGGCCUCUUCGGCAUGAAACGGGGGUUUGCCGAGGUAAUGCACAACAAUAUCUGGAUUACGACCUCGGGAAUGUUUGACGUGCAUUCGUUGCGUUGCCUUUUGGGAAAUAUGCCCCAUGAGAGAGUUAUGUUUAGUGUUGAUUAUCCAUUUAGCGAUAAUAAACUCGGCAAGGAGUAUCUCGAGAAGAUUCUAAGAGAAGGGGUUCUUGAUAAGGAUCAACUUGAAGCCUUUGCUUAUGGAAAUGCCAAACGACUGUUGUUUAGUGGAAAGGAUUGA